AUGCUUGAAUUAAGUAUACCAGCUGGUGAAGACAAAGUACGAUAUUAUGAUAAAAUAGCUAAAAAAGAAAAAAAGAAAUUAUUAAUGAUUACAAAUAAAUUCAAAAAAACUAAUUCAAAUUCUGAUAUAUUUAAACAAUUAAUGGCAGCUAUUGAAGCACGUGAAAAACAUAUGAUCGAACGUGCUAAUUAUAUUACACAACAAAAAUUGAAUAUGCUUCUUUCAUUAUUUUUUGCCAAUACAAUUAUACCAUUAUUCAAUGAACAAUUACUUAUUAUUAAUAAAGGUUUAAAAUUUAUUCCACCAUGUCAAAGUCAUUUCUAUUAUCCUCAACCUAUGGAAGAAAUUAUUGAACAAGAAUACAAGCGGCUCUAUGCUGAAAAUUGUAAAAAUCUUAUUAAUUAUACGUUUUUAACAAAUGAUACACGCGCAACGGAAUUUUUUUCGGAAAUGAAAAAUUUACUUCAACAAUUAUAUACAAAGCCAUUACCAACAACACUUAAACAACAUGCUCGAUAUAUGUAUAAGAUGAUAAAAUCAAUGCAACGAAAAUUGCGCAAAGCUAAUAUUGCUGUUGGACAAACUGAUAAAAGUAAAUUAUUUUUCUUUAUUGAUGCUCAAGAAUAUGAAGAAAAAAUUAGAAAUUAUAUGACCAAAACCAAUGCUUAUCAAGAAAUUACAAAUGGUAUUUGUUCAUUAGCAGAUGAUUUACAUUCUGUAUUAACCUUACUCGAUUAUUUACUAAAACAUAAUAGAAUUACCAAAGAACAAUACAAACAAAUGUAUCCAAAUUUAAAAACAUUAGACUUAGCUCAUAUUUAUCUCAAUCUUAAAGUACAUAAGGUAAAACGAUUACUUUCUUGCCUAACGGGUGCGGCAAAAUAA